AGUCACGUCUUAAAACAUAAUCGCAGAACCAUAACACAUCUCUCAUUUCUCGUGAGCUAACCAUAACGAUCAAGAAAGAUUUUCUAAAAUUUCAGCAAUCGUGGCGAAGCUAUAUAAAAAGGAAGAGGAGAGCAAAAAGGUCAUGGAGGAAGAAGAGGAGGAGGAAGACGACACGUUCGAGGAUGCCGUGUGCAACAAGACACCAGCCAGAGUCAACACACCUUUGUCUAUAAUCACGGAGGCGUUCGAAAAUCUAGCUGAUCUUCUAAAACCCGACAUAACAACCGAAGAAGACGGUUUGAGUCUUGAUGCUUUCUGCAAUGCGUGUACGCACGUCUCUGUCCUCUUCAGCUGCCUAGGGUUCGCCUUCAAAUUUGCUGAGAUGGAGUACAUCUCCAAAGUUAACGAUUUGGUUGAAGCCUCGAAAACAUUAGACACGUUACAGAAUAUUUUGGACCUAGACGUGGAGAAAGAUACGGUGAAAACACCUGGAAGCCGUUCACGUAACCUGAGACGCGUGAGACUAGGGUUAGACCUAAUCCGAGCAAUCUUCGAGAAGUUCUUGAUGACAGAUGAGUACUCUUUGAAAGACGCUGCGACAACAGCUUACACAGAAGUAUGCGCACCGUUUCAUACAUGGGCUGUUAGAACCGCGGUUUACGCGGGAAUGUAUACGCUUCCGACGAGGGAUCAACUUCUGAUACGGCUCGAUGAAACUGAACAAUCUGUUGAGAAGAACAUGAGGAGGUACAUGGAAGCUUCACGUCCCAUCAUAGAGUAUAUUGACAAACUUUACAUUGAAAGGAACAUUAAACUCGACUGGUAACCAUUUUUGUUACUACGUCAGUUUUGUCUUUGUAAAUUACUAAUAUUACUAUUGAUAUUUUUUUGUCUUUGUCUUUGUAAAUUAAAAUGGAGCUUUUGUUUGAAGGCCAAAA